GGCAUUUCAUUCUUCGAGGUUCGCCAAUUUGCUGUCCAUCGUAGCACUUUACGCACUGGCUAGAAAUCGGUCAUUGCAUCCCUUCACCAGAUCCAUAGGCCGGCAAGCGUCCACUUUGAUGAUGGUACAAUUCCCUGCGAAUUUCCUCCUGCAGUUCUUUGGGGCGCCCGGUCCCAUCUCCAAUCUCCUCCGCGGCGGCAUCUUCAUGUAUUUCAUGUACUGCGUUGCCCUGGGUGCUUUGGGUGCACUACGAGGUCGUGUGGCGGAGCUCCCUGGCGUUGGUGCUGGAGCACCCACCUUUCAACGACCUGGUGGCAUGUUUAGAGGCAGCAGCUUUCGCGGAGGUGGCUGAAACAAGUAGAAGCUGACAGUCGCAAUGGCACCACAGCACCACACAC